AAAAUAAACCCUUCUUCAACCCCGUCGUCGCUUCUGUAAAACACUGACAGUAAUACCGAUGCUGAUCCAACGCUCUAUACUGGUCCGAGCUCUGUACCGGCGUUGCCGUCACUUCUCACAGUCUGCCGCAGCAGUCUCAGCCCCAUUAGAAUAUCCAUCUCCGGAAUCUCCAACUUUUACAUACCUAGACGGGUUACCGAAACCCGACCCUAAGUACGCGGAGACCAUUCAUGCAAUUCCGCGAGCUCUGUCCGGAAAGAACAUCUCCGCCAAGGAGAGAAAAGCUGGCCGAAUUCCCAGCAUUGUUUUUGAGCAAGAAGAUGGACAGCACGGCGGCAACAAGCGGCUCAUUUCCGUGAAGACUAAUCAGAUCAGAAAGCUAGUUACACAUUUGGGCCGGGCAAAUUUCCUUUCCAGGCUGUUUGAUCUUGAGCUCCGGCCCGAUUUUGAGUCUGAUGAGAUCAUUGAGAAAGUCAGGGUCUUGCCUAGACAGAUUCAUCUACAUGCAGGCACUGAUGCUCCACUCAAUGUUACCUUCAUAAGAGCUCCAUCAAGUGCUCUACUAAAGGUUGACAUUCCUAUCAGCUUUCGUGGUGAGGAUGUCUCCCCUGGUUUGAAAAAAGGUUCAUUCUUGAAUAUUAUCAAGAGAACAGUGAAGUUCAUCUGUCCGGCAGAUAUAAUUCCUCCUCACAUUGACGUUGAUCUAAGUGAGCUGGAUACUGGGGAGAAGAUAGUAAUGGGGGAUCUCAACGUUCAUCCUGCUCUGAAGCUUGUUCAACCUAAAGAUCACCCUGUUUGCAAGAUUAUGGGAGGGCGGGUUUCUGACCAAAAGAAGACGAAAUAAUUUCUCAAUUUUGUUCAUCUUUUGUUAAAAUUCUGGAUGAUGUAAUUUUUCUACCCUGGUCUCAUUUAUUUGUGCCUUGAUGUUUAGUCAGUUACUCAAUUGUUUGCUUUGAGGGAAAUGGCUUUCAAAAAUGUGCAGACUUAUCAAUAUACAUCAAGAAAUAUCUGCUUUACGCAGUCACAAUUCAAUGUAGAUUGACUUCUAAUGUGCU